GAUUUUGAAACGGUAGAAGCUCAGAUGUGAGUGUCAUGUCCUGGCAAGACAAUCCUUACUUCCGACCGUUGGAAAUUAACCAAACGUUCCCAACGGAGUUGUACACUAGCCGUUGAGCCAGUUAUAUGUAUAAUCCUUUGUGUGUAAAUGCCAUUAGUUGCUUUUCCCAGUGCAGCAGGCGCAAGUGUCAGUUGGUGGUUUUGUCUUUUUAAGAGUUUAUCGGUUUUGAAUGGGUUCAGAAUUCGGAGGCUUGCCAUUGUUAAGCCCCGUUCGAGGUAAAAAGUGUCCUUGUGUUUUUUAAAUCCCCCAGUGGAUGACAAUAGAGGCGUGCUUCUCUCUGUGUCUUUGCGUCUUCAUCUCUUAAGGGCAUACUGGGAAGAACCCAACUUGCUUCUUCCUUUUCUGCGUCUUUCUCCUCAUUCGCAACUUUCCAAUGGUUAAAGAGCGACGAACUAGACCUUCCUUUUUCAAAGUCCUCCUGGGUGACUUCUCAAGAAGACUGAAAAUACCACCAGAUUUCGUGAAGCAUUUCAAGGGGAAUCGGCACAAAAAGUUCAUUCUUCAAAGUACUAAUGGGAAAUCAUGGCGAGUGAGGUUGAAGAAGAUCAACAAUAGCUGGUUUCUUCAAAGGGGUUGGCAGCAUUUCGUGAUGUACCACUCUUUACAAGUUGGGGAAUUCUUGGUUUUCAAAUUUAAUGGCAAAUCUAAGUUUUGGGUCACAGUAUAUGACAGAAGUGCUUGUGAAAAGGAAUUGCCUUUAGCCAAGAGGAGGAACUGCGAUCAUGAUGAAGAAAAACCCAUCUACCACAUAAAGAAAGAAGAAGAUGAAGAUGAGGAGGAGGAGGAAGCAAUAGCUAAACCCAACAAGGCCGCUGUAGUUCCUUGGAAAGCAAAUUGUGGAGCCGUUGUGCCGGCGGUGGAAAGAGGGAUUAAAGGUAACAAAGAGCUUCAAGCAGUUAUUAGCUCAUUCAAAACAGAGCACCCACAUUUCAUACAUGUUCUGAGGCACUCCAGAAGAUACUAUGUUACUGUUCCAAGGGCUCUGGCAUAUAAGUUUGGCCUAGUAGGGAAGGGGAGCACGGUGCUUGAGGUUCCUGAUGGGAGGAUUUCACAGAGAGUGAAGAUAUCUCAGAAGAAAGAUGGUCGCAUCAGCCUUACUACUGGGUGGUUUGUAUUUCAGAAGGCAAACAAUAUGGCAAACGGCGAUGCUUGUAUCUUUGAGUUUAUCGAAAGAGGAAUGGACAAUGCAAUCUGUGUUCACAUAUUCCGAGCUCCACCACCACCACCACCGCCAGAAAUUGUGGUGGUGGACCCAGGCAGCUGCUGUGCAUCAGCCACUGAAACUGAUACUGAAACUAUUCAAAUGUUGACUUAUGGGAAUGGAUCAGAUGAUGAAACUGGAAUAGCCAGAGGGAACAACAAAAUCUAUUGUGACCCUUCACAACAAAAUCUAUUGUGACCCUCUGUACUUUAAUGGUUAACUCUAAUUGCCACAUUUCAAGCUUCAACAAUGAGUCUAAUUAGUCAUUCUGUGUAAUAGGUAUGUCAAAAAGUGUCAGGUUGGUCUGGUUUUCUUCAUUGUUUUUGGUUUUGCAUAUGCCGGGUCAGAUUGAAACCAAAGUAAUAUAUCAGUUUCUUAUCCGUUGGAUGCA